UUCACUUGAGAGAAGAAGAGGUUCAAUUCAAAGUCUCAACACAAAACACCCUCUUCUCUUCUUUCUCUUCCUUCUUCAAUAGUGUUUUCACUUUUUUUUUUCUAAUUCUUGUUUCGUUUUCCCAAAAAACCAAACUUUCAAAUUCCAAACCCAGAAAUCGCCAUCUUUGAAUCACACCCAUUCUCUCUCUCUCUCUCUCUCUCUCUCUCUCUCUCUCUAUUUCUUAUAGAAGCGUUUUUAUCACAUUCCAAGAGAAACCCAUAUCGUUAUAUACAGUGAAGCCUCAGAUUUUGAACCCUGAAUCGCUGAAUCGAAGUACCAUUCAGUAGUGGGGGGGUUUUGUGAGUGGCUGAAUGCGUUGGUGAGAUAAGAAGAACUUGCAUGUUUUGAAUUUGCAUAGUGUUUUGAGGAAGAGUUUGCAGCAGAGCUUCUUCUUCUUCUUCUUCAUGGCAGGGAAGCGCGUGUACGAGGCAUGGAAAGGAAGUAACAAAUUCCUAUUUGGUGGAAGGUUGAUAUUUGGGCCUGAUGCUAGGUCACUGCUUAUCACCUUGUUGCUGAUUAUUGUCCCAGUUAUCGUCUUUUGUGUAUUUGUAGCAAGGCAUCUUCGGCAUGAAUUUUCUUCAUAUAAUGCAGGAUAUGCUAUUUUGGUGGUGGCAGUUCUCUUUAAUAUUUAUGUAUUGAUUCUUCUCUUUCUUACUUCUUCUCGUGAUCCGGGCAUUGUUCCGAGGAAUUUACAUCCACCAGAGGAAGAGAUACGAUAUGACUCUUCAGUAUCUGUUGAUAUUGGGGGACGACAAACACCAAGCCUUCAGUUCCCUCGAUCAAAAGAAGUAAUGGUCAAUGGCCUUCCUGUAAGGAUAAAGUAUUGUGACACUUGCAUGCUGUAUCGGCCUCCUCGUUGCUCGCAUUGCUCCAUUUGCAACAAUUGUAUUGAACGUUUUGAUCACCAUUGCCCUUGGGUAGGCCAAUGUAUUGGAGAGAGGAACUACCGUUUCUUUUUUCUGUUUGUGUCGUCGGCAACCAUACUAUGUAUCUAUGUGUUUUCCAUCUCAGCGUUUUACAUCAAGGUUCUGAUGGAUCGUUAUGAUGGGACAGUUUGGAAGGCAAUGAAAGAAUCCCCUGCAUCUGUCAUACUAAUGGCAUAUUGUUUUAUCUCAUUGUGGUUUGUUGGUGGACUAACUGGCUUUCAUUUGUACCUUAUUGGCACAAAUCAGACCACCUAUGAAAACUUCAGGUACAGGUCUGAUAACAGGCUCAAUGUUUAUAAUCGCGGUUGUUUAAAUAAUUUUCUGGAAGUAUUUUGUACAAAAGUGAAGCCAUCAAGGAACAAUUUCCGGGCUUUUGUUCAAGAAGAGGUACAGAGGCCACACCCUCCAGUCAUUGCCCAGGAACCUGAACCUGAUUCAGGUGGGGAUCGUCGUCCUAAGGUCGAAGAUGAUCUAGAUAUUGGUGAAGACUUAAAAAAGAUUUCACAGCGCCGGAAUGUUGAACAAAUUGAUGAGGAUAUUCGGAGCAGAGGGAGCAAUGGAGCUCCCCAUAAUACAUCUGAAGUUGAUUCUGUUUUCGGCUCAGAUCGUCAAGCUCCAACAAUUCGAUCUGAAGCAAGGCACUCGAGUUGGGGAAGAAGUAGAAGUGGAAGCUUUGAAAUUGCGCCAGAGUUCCUUGCCAAUUCGAAUGUAACUGAAAGUAGGAGCAUGCGCCAAUGAUUGGGGGCUUUUUGGGGGGGUGGGUGAGGUGGUUGUCUUUCUUUUUUCUGGACAGCAUCAAAACGUUAGAUGAUGGGUUAUUUUGAUAUUAAAGAUAGAGAAGGAAAUGCUUCCUUGAUCAUAGUUUACCUUUAUAGGAAUGGGAAUUGAAUUGAUUGAAGUUUAAGUAUAAAAACUUAUUUGAUCAUUUUA